CAUCUCUCUCUCUCUCUCUCAAUACUUCAUAGCAUUUCACUGAUACUCUUCCUUGUGAACGCCAAACCCUAAACCCCUCCUCCUCCUCUUCUCGUAAUGUGAUCAGUUGGAAAGCAUUUCUCGUCGAGAGGACACGUUUUGGGAGGUAGGGACAGCGUUGUGUACAGACCAAGAUUGUAGAAGCUGAUGAUUGUCGAUUUUCGAGCGAGAGAGAGGUUCGUCGGGGCACGAUGAGCUGUGAAUCUUUCGAAUCGCAUGUCGAUGUCCGAGGGGAGGGAGGGAGGGUGAGGAGAAAGGACUGCCAUACGCUACUCUCCAAUUUGUACACCGUCUGGGUUCGUAAGCUUCGCUGAUUAUCAACAUACAUCAUUGCAUCUUGUACGCCUAGCGCCAUCAAAAUCCGGUCGGUGCGAACAUAAACACCGACCACACGAUUCUCCGCAUCGUGACCCGGGCCGAUGAUCGGAAGGAUAAUGCCAUGCCGUGUGCGUCAGACGCUUCUGAUUCCCUCAAAGCUUCUUCAUCUGGGCUUGUCCUCCACAGAGUUACAUUAUCGGUGUAAAUAUCUUUCAAUUUCUUCCCUGAGGCUGAAGCUCUCGCUUUCAUGAUAAUGACGGUGCUGUUUUGAAGACCAUUAGUUUAAUGUGAUGUAUGUAAAGCUUGCGAGCAGGAUCUGGGAUUAGUUGCUGUUUACGAGUCACGACCAAGAAUCACAGCUCCCUCUCCAGGCAGGCCUUCAAGGGAUAAGCAAAACGGGAAGGCAAAGGCUAUCAAGAAAAACGAUGAAGACGCGACCCAAGGGCAAUAAAGACCUACCAAGAGGUCCAAAGGAUUCGUACACAUUUUGGCCUCCUGGUCAUCAUAUGUGACCCGUACGAGGAACCAUUCGACUUUAAGACGACGGUCAAGUGACUUUGUGCGUGCAUUGAAGUGCCAGUGCUUGAAUGGCCAUGAUCCAUUGUAGUGUCACACUGAAUUUGAGACGGUAAUGCUCAUGGAAAUUCUAGAGGUUCUUUGGGACAUCGUAAUAUAUUCAUAGUUAUGGAAGGAGCAUCUUAAAGGUCUCCAGGGAUAGCCAGUCGCAAUUAAAAAAAUUCCACAAUCUGGAAUGAAGUAAGUAUGCUCCUGCCAUAUAGAAGAAUCGAACUCACAGGAUGUUCUCCAUGCACUUUCAGCGUGGUUUCCAAUAUUGACUCCUUCUAUUAUUCCAUAACAAAGUUUUAUACCCAAACCGAGAAUUUUCUACAUUGUCGUUAAGUAUGGCCCCGAAUUUCCUAGUGGCACACAAUCGAUUCCAACAUCUUUGGGUCACUUUUGCCAUCUCAAAGCAUAUUUGCUUGCAACUACAUUCGUCUUGCCCUUCAUGCCGUUUUAUUCAGUUCUACGUCUUGCCUCAGCCGUUUUUAAAGAGAGCGAGAGAAGCAUGAAUACCACCGAUCCAAUGAUUCAGCCUUGCGUCUAGUCUUCGACAAAAGAUGACAGGGAGCUCAAGCUGAGUUAUUGCAGCGUGGUGCUUAGCUUUUCAUGGCAAUAUAAGGGGACCCACAGAUAUUGGAUCACUUUAGCCAUUUCAAAUUCGUUCAUUACUUUCCAUUCAAUUUA